GAGAUGAUCUGCCAGAAACAUGAGAAGAUCCUUGAGGUUUUCUGUCGCACUGACCAGAAAUGUAUAUGUGUGCUGUGUAUGGAUGAACAUAAAAACCACAACAUUGUAUCAGCUGCAGAACACAGGACAGAGAAACAGUCCCAGCUGAAGGAGAUGCAGAAGACGUUCCAGCAGAGAAUCCACCAGAGACAGAGAGAUCUUCAGCAGCUGAAAGAUGUUGUGGAGUCUCAGAAGCGCUCUGUACAGACAGCAGUGGAGGACAGUGAGAGGAUCCUUAGUGAGCUCAUCUGUUCCAUUGUAAGAAGCCACACUGAGUUGAUACAGCUGAUCAGAGAUCAGGAAAAGGCUGCAGUGAGUCAAGCUGAAAGGACGACUGGAGCGACUGGAGCAGGAGAUCAAUGAUCUGAAGAGAAGAGA